CAACACCUCACGCUCGCGAUACUCUCACCGAAUACAAGGACCCCCCAAAACACAACCCAUCCCUCCUGUCUAGCUCUUCAUCUGAUCCACCGCCACUAUGUCCGAGCGAAAAGUCCUCACCAAAUACUACCCUCCCGACUUCGACCCCUCCAAACUCGGCCGCAACCGCAGCAAAUCCACCGGGCCUAAGAAACUCCAAACCGUCCGUCUGAUGGCGCCCUUCUCUAUGAAAUGCACGCACUGUGGCGAGUUCAUCUACAAAGGCCGAAAGUUCAACGCGCGUAAAGAAACCUCCGACGAGAAGUACUACAACAUCGUCGUCUACCGCUUCUACAUUCGGUGCACGAGAUGUAGCGGAGAAAUCACCUUCAAGACAGAUCCGAAGAAUAUGGAUUACGAGUGCGAGAAGGGCGCGAAACGGAAUUUUGAGCCGUGGAGAGAGGCGAAGUUGGCUGAGGAGACGGAAGAGGAGAGACUGGACAGGCUUGAGAGAGAGGAGGCGGAGCACGAUGCCAUGAAGGAAUUAGAAACAAAAGUGCUCGAUGCGAAGACAGAGAUGGCUAUCGCGGAUGCAUUGGAUGAGAUUCGGUCACGGAAUGCGAGGAUCGAGAAGGCGGAGAAGGAGGGGACGAAGACGGAUGUAGCCGACGUCGCGGAUGUUGUGGACGACGAGCGGAAGAGGCAGGAAGAGGAGGAUGCGGAGGCUGCUAGGAGGGCAUUCGAGCGGAGGUCCUUGCUCGAUCUUGGGGAAGAAAUGAUUGACGAUGAGGAGUGGGAAGCCGCGCCACCAGCAGCAGCGCCAAUACCGACAUUCACAAAGCAGGUCAAGACGAAGAAGGAUGCGAGCGCCGCUCUGGGCAUCAAGAAGAAGCCCGUCCAGACCUCGACACCACCAGUCCCAGCUUUCACAGACCCACCAAAGCCCACCCCAGCGAAAUCGGCUGUACUCCUCGACGGGUACGGCUCAGACAGUGACUGAAACCCACUCUUUGCAUCCACUCCACCUUUAUCGAUCGUAUAGAGCUUUCCAUGCUCUGCCUUGAAUGGAUCCAUGAUGUGGUAUAGCCUCCCGGACGUUUUAGAACCCUCUUCACGGCAUCCACUCUCUGAAAAGAGCAACAAUUUCAGAGAGUAGAAUCUGGCGAAGCAUGAACGGUGUUCGGGAAUCUUACAUUGACAUAGCAUCAUCAUAUCAAUCAGAUGCUUCACUUUUCCUUCCCAGCACUGAACCCUUUCGAAACAAUAUUCUCCUGUCCUUCCUAGCCGAGUCUAUCAGUCAAGGGCCUUUUUAGCUUCAGUGGGGAAUUCCAGCACACGACCAAUUUCGAUUCUGCCUUCGCGUUCGAACUGACAGGAACA